UGCACUCGGAGGUGCUAUAUAAGCCCUCCCGAGCCAAGUCAAAACCUAGCCGAACACUUUCUAGCAAUUUAUGUGUUUUCGGUCAUUAUAUGUCAUUUCAUGUUAGUCCAUGUCAUCGUUGCCAGAAAAAGUGGUCGGACGGCCAGCGAGGUGCCGACCGUAGUGCGUGUCCGCACACACCGGGCAGCGCAGACGGCAGUAGCCUACGAGCAUACGGCAGCACGCGCACGCCCAUGAUGCGGAAGUGGAUACUACCUUCUGCUCUUGAGGCUGUUCCUCUCUCGAUUCUUCGCCCCGGUGAUACUGUCCCUACCCGUGUUUUCAUAGCUCGCGUUGCUUCUUCCAACUUCGGAGACACUAUGGAUAAUAUCCCUCUCCGCCGUCGUCGACCUGCCUUUGGUUCAAUGGAUGAGCCAGAGGAAGGCGAAGCUAUUUCUUCUCAGCCCACUUUUCCCGCAUCUUCGACCGUUCCUCCUUCUUCAAAUUCUCCGCCCAAGCGAGAUCGAGGAUAUCAUUCCCAACCACCUCGUGGUGGUCGUGGUCAUGGUCGUGGUCAUGGUCGUGGACGUGGUCGAGGUCGUAAUCAUGUUUGGACUCGAGGUGUAGGCCGAGGUAAUGAUGUUGAGGAACAUACAGGCCGAAGAGAAAAUCAUAACAUCAAUGCUCCACAAUCUAAUCAAGAUAAGCAAGUUUGCUAUAGAUGUGGAUGCAGUGGUCACUGGUCCCAUACAUGUCGUACUCCUAGGCAUCUAAUCGAGGCCUAUCAAAGAACACUCAAAUAUAAAAAAGGAAAGGCUCCUCAAGGUGAAUCACAUCAUGCUAGUUUGCCUGAAGCAAAUUUAGCAAUAAAUGAUGAUAAUGAUUUAUUAAAGCUUGAGCUCGAGGACUAUGGUGAUAAUGUGUUAUUUCAUAUGCAUUAUGUCUUAGUAAUGGAUAUUUUUAUUUCACAUUU